CCUAUCACAUGCCGCUUCGAUAAUCAGUAUCAAGGUGAGGGUGCGGGGAAUUUUAACCAUGUAAGGCAACCCGAAGAAGUUAGUGCUUAUCCUCUUCUAACAUAUAAUGCUCACAGACCGCGUGACCGAUUCCUAAUAUCAAAUGGCCGCGAACAUAUCACUUUUGAAAGAAGUCAAACUUUAGCUACAUCAGAAACUCCUGGUUCGUUUACAUUAUCGGCCGGAAACUAUGACUUCCCCUUUGAAAUACAUCUCGGCAGUGCUGCCGCCGAGACUGUCACAGGACCCGAUCAUGAAUACCAUACCUACAAGGUGCAGGCGAUCAUAGAACGUCGCUUCAGCAACGAGUUUAUCAUCUCACGGCCCCUCAGAGUCUACAAAGUAUUUGAAUUGGAAGUCGACCGUUCGUGGCCAAGUUCUACUGAGUCCAUCGAAAAUCAGUGGAAUGGGAAUAUUCACUGCAACAUUUCAAUACCUCAUCGAAAUAUCCCCUUCGGCUCCACUUUCCCGGUCGAAAUCUCACUCGCAUCAUCUUCAAGGGACAUAGAGCUAGUAGCGGUAACAACCCAAGUCCUUGAGAGACACAACCUCAAAAUUGUGGCAACCGCCGCAGAGUCAGUACGACAUAAUGUUCAUUUCUUGACCUCGAGAAAAAGCCAUAUUGUCUUCAGUGAGAGGCAUGACUUCACGGUCGAUAAUUAUAAGAUGUCAGCCCCAGAGCGUUUAGACGGUGAAUGGCGAAUAGCAAGACCUGUUCGUCUGCCGCAGACGUUGGACGCCUGCUCACAAACCAUUCGUUCGGAAGCUGUCACGAUCGACCAUCUCUUAACCACUACCAUUGAAUUCCGGAACUCAAGCGGGUGUAUAUCAACGAUUACGAAAUCAUUUACAUUCAAUAUUUUCAUGUCCCCGAUUGUCGUCAGGGAGGAUGCAACUGUCCACGGCCGGAAUAUCCAACAUUUCCUAAGAAACAAAAAUCCACCUCCUGCCUACGGAGACCAUGUCAACGAUUCAACCAUUCUUGAAUCCUCGGAGUUGUCAGUGAAUAACGAUUGUGGACCUCCAGUGGCAACCAGGGUGAAUAUUGGGCGGCUUCCCCACGAACAAGCUUAUGGCUGGGAAGUCUUGGAAAAUGUGCCCAGCUAUGAAGCAGUUGUUUGUAUGAUGGUCAGAGGGACUUAG